ACACAACACAAAACUUCUUCUCUCACAAGCAGCUUUCCAAAUGGAUCACGACUACGGGUUCGACCUGGAGGAAGCCAUCAAAAGAGAAGGUCUGUCCAGAGCCGAUCUGCAAGCGUUGCGAACGCCUCCCAUCGAAGGAGUGCCAUUGGACAUCACCGAUAGAUUGCUGGCCUGUUUCCUCAAUGCAUGUAGGAAAAAUGUCCCCGAAACACGAAAAGUCAUCAAAAUCUACUACCAAGAUCGUCGAGAGGCUCCGGAGUUGUUCGACAAUCGUGACCCGCUGAAUCCAAAAAUCCAACAAUGCUUCCAAAACCAAGACUACUUUUUCCUGCCACCUACACCGGCCGGUCAUUCCGUGAUCUUCCACCGAUUGAGCAACCCUAAGGCGUCCAACUACCACUUCGACGAAGCAGUAAAAACCUACUUCAUGCUCAUAGAAACCUGUAUGUAUCAUCAAGGUCCCCGCCCGGGCCUGAUCUGCCUGUUCGACAUGAACAACGUGGGGCUGUCGCAUCUGCUUCGGGUCAAAAUCGGCACCAUUCGAAAAUUCUUCCACUACCUGCAGGAGGGCUUGCCGGCCAAGCUGAAAGCCAUUCACGUGUUGAACGCCGUCUCUUUCUUCGAUAAGGUUCUCUACAUCAUCAAACCGUUCAUGCACGCUGAAAUUCUAAACAUGCUCUUUCUGUACCCCACAAAUACUAGCUUGGAAAAGUUGUAUGACGAGUGGAUUCCCCGCAGUUGCUUACCCUCGGACUAUGGUGGUGAGCUGAAAUCUGUCGCUGAGUUGCAUCAAGAGCACCUGAAAACUUACCAAUCACUUCGGCCGUACUUCCUGGCCGAAGAGCGACAACGAAAGGGAGAUUCCAAGCUGAUAGAAGAAACGAGCAACAAGAUUAAAUCUUUGGACAUCGAUUAGCGGGCGUUCUUCUACAUAUCGCGCUUUUCCCAUAGAGAUGAUGUUUAGCCAAAAUAACGAAAAUAGCUGCACAAAUAUUUUACAUACACUAUCCAUUACAUUCAUCUGGCUCGUUCAAUGUGAGCUUUGAGCUUAAGGAAACUAAUUGUGAUAUUAUGCAAUUGCUCAAGUGAAACUUACAUAUUCGAAUAACUCGUUUAGGUGGAAUUUUAAUUGGGCUUGGGAAUAAUUGUAAAAAAGAGUUGUUAAGCUGAAUCGUGGCUUCAAAUUGAGCAAAACAAUAAAUUGGUACAAAUUCUUUUUAAAA